GGUCGAGAAGUGUUGGCCAAGCUCCUCAGACUGGACAAGAGGAUCGAUUGGAAAGACUGUGGUCAGACGCAACCGCAGGAAGAGCAGGACGUUGAGAAGUUCAAAGAGGCGUUCAGGGCCUUCGAUUUUGCUGAGUAGGGACGCUUUGUUGCCAAUGUCACGAAAUACAUUUACGCAAACGCCUGUAUCAACAAGCAAUCGAACAUACGGCGGACGCCGAUGGAAGUUGAUAUGGAUUCCUGAACUGGCGACGCCAUCCUUACGUGGCACCUCCUUCAUCCGGCGCGGACGUCUGGAACCUUCGUUGGAGAGGCCUAUCAAGAAGGUUCAGAUAUUACAAUGCCCAGGCUCCCAGAGCAUACAUACCUACUCGAAACGGAAUGUUUUUCAGAUGCCAUUGAACGCGGCACUAAGGGGUUGGCACUGCGGCUGGAACGGCCCAUAUAUUUCUUAUAUCCGAAGCGCCGGCAUCUACUUGUCUGUGCGACUUGAUGCGGUUUUCGUUCGAGAUGCAGGCCAAUCCAAAACGCAGAGCGCGCUCUUUGACCACAGCUACGACUGAUACGAACUUCUCAGCGAGCUUGCGCGAUGGAGUGACUGCUUGCGGCUUGGCAUUCCUACUUCAAGCCAAGACCACCCUUGGCACAAGUGAUUUUAGACCAUCAUGUGCGUGCGAACGCGGGGUAAGAUCUCCCAUUCCAGCCCUUGCCGUUGGCGUCCCGGCAGUUUGAUCGGAUCCCUCCGCUAAAGCCCACCCCAGCGCACGCUGUUAUGACAAGACAACGCCUCCUCACGUUCUGCCCUCCUGGU